AAAGCUAGUGGCAACGAGUAUUCCGAAAGAAGCAACUGCAGGGAGGAAGGUGGAAGCAAUGGGUAUCUCAUCGGGGCCGAAGCUCUCAGGGUUGCAAAAGCAAGUGCUCAGUCUAUACAGAUCAUUUCUUCGAGCAGCUCGUUCCAAAUCCGCCGAAGAUCGACGGCAAAUGGAAUCGGUUGUCGCCGCUGAGUUCCGCCGAAACGCCAAGCAAAUCGAUCGCAAAAAUUUCAUCCACAUCGAGUACCUUCUUCGUCGAGUGACGAUCAAUUUUGGAAAACAGUCCAAGUCGGUGGUAGAAUCCUUGAAAUGCUUGAAAAUGUGGACAAUGGAUUUUUCUUCCUUUGUGAGGUUAAGUGAAAUCCUAAGCGAUAUACGGUUUUGUGAUUAGCCCAUCCAAUCGUCUUUGUUCAAGCCGAGGGAACACAAUUGCCAAUUGCAAUAUGUCGACCACUAAGCAAAGAGUCGUAGAUAAAGGUAGAGUUUCAUUACCAAGACAACGUUGUGCACGAUUGACAACUAAGUCCAUAGUCAGACAAAUAGGAUUUUUUUUCGCGUGCAUAAAAAACUUGUCAUGCAUGCAAGCAUCGACCUUAUUUUUAGUAGGAAAAUAUGCAUCAUGACCUAUGUAUCUUGACUUAAAAUAUGGGACUUCAUGCAUGUGGUAUACAAACACCGGUUACUUC